AUGAGCCGGCUGGAGGUGAUGGCUGCUCAGGAGGGUUACAACAUCAUGAGCUGGAUAGAGAAGAACAAAGACCCCCUGAAUGAGUCAGUGGUGGGCUCGUUCCAAAAGUUGAGCCUGGGGAUCCCGGCCUUUCUCUUCAAGGAAGAGGAGGCGCUGGGCGCGAAGGACGCCCACCUGAUCAUGCACCAGCUGGCUUGCAACGGAAUCUUGGAAGGCCUCCGGAUUUGUGGGAAGGGCUUCCCAAACAGGCUGCAGUACCACGUGCUGAACCCCAAUGUGAUUCCUCAGAGGUUCGUAAACAAGAAGGCCUCAGAGCUGCUCCUGGGGUCCAUCAACCUGGAUGUCAAUGAAUACAAGAUCGGACACAUCAAGGUGUUCUUCCAAGCGGGCAUCCUGGCCAGGCUCGAGGACAUGCGGGAUGAAUGCCCCGCUAAGCUCAUGAGCACGCUGCAGCGGCGGCUCUGCGGUUUCCUUAUCAAGCCACUGCUGAACAUGGCCCGGCAAGAGGAGGAGAUGAAGGUCAGGGAGGAGGGGCUGAGGAGUGCCACGGCCAAGGCGCAGGAGCUGCUAGGCAAGGUCGUGGAACUGGAGGAGAAGACGGCCACGCUCAGCCGGGAGAACGACCUCACCGACCAGCUGCAGGCAGCACAUUCAGAUGAACAGAUCGCAGGUGCGGCCUCGGAUGUUGCAUCCUAA